CCAGCUAUGCGGUACCCAUACACAUCGCCCAUACUCUCGACUACUUCUUCCGUUCCCCCGUAUCUCAGUCGCGAUCGCGAAUUUAUUCUCCCACAGUGUCCAAACUCUUCGAUGUGUUUCGUAUCUGCAUGUGCGUAAAGUGUAAGUAGUCUAGUGGAGCUAAGUCUGGGCGGUCCCGCGGUUUGGUUGACUCAGUUAUCUUAUGAAACCGGCGAUCGCGAUCAGUUUAAAAGUGCAGCGCGCGAAGUGCCGUGAAAUUCAGUGGACAUGGUUUACCUCGUUACGAUACUGGUGACAAGUAUAUUCGCCGUGAGGACUGUUUCAUCGAGCCCCUGGAACGACCCAACUAGCAACCAAUUUCACAUCCAAACCGACGAAGGACCAGAACGUUACUUCAAGUACCAGACCCAGAACGGCCAGUACCGAAAGGAGAAACGUCUCGAAGAUGGAACUGUUAUAGGAAGCUAUGCUUGGAUCGACGACAAUGGAUACCUCCGCCAAAGAGACUACAUAGCGGACAGCCAAGGAUAUAGAAUCGUCAAAAAUAAAAAUGUUUAUGUAGGAAGGAACGUCAACGUCGGCGAUGCUGUUAAAGCUACCAAGAAAAUCACAAACUCCUAUAUUCCUCCAACUAAUUAUAAUAUACCCUCAUCAGUUCCCAAUAGAGGUUAUGUUGCUGUUACGCCGAGACCCAUUUUGAGAGCUUCAACGGUUUCGCCAUCUGUAGAGAUUUCUUUGAAUUCAAUACCGUCAUCAACACCCUCGUCUGUGGUAUUCGAUUCAUCCUCGUUUAGUUCUCAAUCAUAUAGCCAUGAUACUUCAACAACUGAGCAUUUUCAAACGUCAACUUCAAGACCCAUCACCUCGACUAUUUCUUCCACUCUCCAGACUGUAUCUACACCUACUAGUAUUUCUCCAUCUACAUCAUAUCUUCCUUCAGUCCCGUCUUCAUCUUUUCAAUAUCCAUCUUCAUCACCAUAUUCACCAAGUUCAACACAACCUCCUGUUUUUUACUCUCCCACUCCCGAAAAUGAACUUUCUCCACCUUUGCCAGAAUAUAAUACACCAAGAACUCCAACCUAUAUCCCUCCUGAGAAUUCACCCUCUUCCACUCCUUCACCAAACCCUGCAAGUGUUUAUUUACCAACUUACAUACCCUCAUCAACACCAUCUACUAUUUAUAUACCUUCUUCUACACCCGGAUACAUCAAAAUUACCCCCCCUCCAAGGAACUACAUACCACAAUCCUCCAUAAACACAAAUUCCAUCGAAUACUCAAGUAAUCCCCAAUAUGAACAUUAUCCAGAUGAAUUUGUCAAUCCCUACAUACAUCAAAAUGGGCCAACCUAUCCUAUAGAUACCAGGGGACAGUCUUUCAAUCCCACAUACAAUAAAAUAGGAAAUGGAUAUGAUCCACAAUAUCCUUAUUAUGAUGGAAUUUCUGUAACAAAUGAUGGUUUCAGAUAUUACAUACCCAAAGCUUACCACGAAGAACAGAAUGUAGGUUCAGAUACAAAAUCAGGUAGCUUUGGUUAUAUUGAUCCAUUUGGCAUAAGAAGAGUAAUUUAUUAUAAUGCUGGUCCCAAUGGUUUCAAACAUCGAAAAAAUAAUCGAUAUGUAGGACACGAUGCUACUCCUUACGAUCCAAGACCUUUCUGAAAUUUUUAAUAUAAAAAUUCAGAUAACACAAGGCUCACACGAAUUUUAACCUUAAAAUUGGAUAUAUAUCCAGUGGAAAAUCGACAUCGAGACUAGUCAUUUAUUACAAAAUGCCCAAAAAAAUACGAAGGAUGAAUGAGCAAGAUAUUAAAUAAGGACAAAAUUUUACCAAACAUUCGAAAAAGAUUCCUAGUAACUUUCAUGUAUAGUGAAUUCGAUGUUGUGAUAAACUAAUAUAAGCUUAAAUCUAAUUUAGAUAUAAGACUAAUUUAUUGUUAUUUAAGGCUGUAUUUUUUCUGUUUCAUUUAUGAGACACAUUCAAAUGGUCCUGUGGAUAAAAGUUCAUAAAAUGGAGUAAAGUACAAAGAAAUCUUAUGCACUCUCGUUCUAGGACCAGAUUACCUACAUACUGAAAAUAAACUUCAGAUACACCAUUUA